GGAAGUGCAUACACCAUUUUGUCCGUCAUCAAGGCAGCAGUAUCGAAGAGACGACCAACCGUUUCCUCACCGUUGAUCAUCAGCGCAGUCAAUCGGUCUCUGUUCCAUCGGAAGCUUCCUUCGUCGCCUCGUGCUUCUCGGCCGUGUUAUUUGUAUUUUUCUCUCAUUCAGGAACAUCACUCUAGAGUACGAUGCCAAAGAAUAAAGGAAAGGGAGGUAAAAACAGGAGAAGGGGUAAGAACGAAAAUGAAACCGAAAAGAGAGAGUUGGUGUUCAAGGAAGACGGACAAGAAUACGCUCAAGUUACAAAAAUGCUGGGUAACGGUAGGCUAGAGGCGAUGUGCUUCGACGGGGUGAAACGAUUAUGCCACAUCAGGGGGAAGCUGCGUAAGAAGGUGUGGAUCAAUCAGGGUGACAUCAUAUUAAUUGGCCUGAGAGAUUAUCAAGAUGCUAAGGCAGAUGUUAUAUUGAAAUACACAUCUGAUGAGGCGCGUAACUUGAAAACUUACGGCGAAUUCCCGGAAACUGUUCGAAUCAACGAUACGGUCACUUUCGUGGAAGAUGGGCUCGACGAGGACAUUGAAUUUGGUGAUGAAAUUAGUAAUGAUGAUGAAGAUGAUGUCGACAAUAUCUGAUGACCUACAGUAUAAUAAUAAUAAAAUUAUUAUUAUUAUUAUAACGAAUAAAAAUACAUCACCACACAGAAUAUGCAUGGGGACAACUAUUCAUUUCACGAGAUGCAAUUACACAUCAAAUUCUCCCCCUAUCGAGUAGUCCAUAUAUCUUCCUGUAUUUAAAAAUAAAUUGUCAGUUUAUGGGUGACACUGUGUUCCGUUUUGAAAUGUUGUAGUGGAUUCUGAUGUGUUUUGUAAAUUUUUGUAUUAACACGAAUUUAUAUUUGCCGGCAGUAAAGAGAGAUCUCGUAUUAAUUCCGUGAUUCAUCAUACAAUUGCUAUGUGUUUCAGUUGCAAGAUAAUACACGUACAAAUAUAUGUUUACACACAUACAUAUAUAAAUAAAAAUCUUUUUACAUUUGUAUUACAUUUUUUUUUUCGCGAUUAACACAACCACUACAUCAGCAGAAACGACACAGGUGUACGCCAUUGCUUAAACGGGAAAUAGAACCAUCAUCGUGUAUAUCUUAGUGAAUACUGUUUUGUAUGCUUUAACGUCUCACUUGAGGUGUCCGUCGGAACGUAUAUGUGUAAUUAGAUCUCCCUUUAGUGAGAUUUCGGAACCGGAUCGAAGCGAAGGAUUGCCGUAAGAAAGCACGUAUUACAGCGUUCCGGUCGUCGUGCGAUUUUUUUUCUAUCGAUUUUAACGAUUGUUUUACCGACUUUGGUCGCGGCGGAUCGACGCUCGUUGUUAAUGGCGUGCUGAGUGUACUCUGCGUUUGCGACGAAUGCGACAACGCGAAAGCGACGAUAACGUGUCCGCAGGACGUUUUCGUUGCGUAUCAGUGCAAUCGUUCGGGAUUUCAGCGUGUUGUCCGUCGUUUGUAUCGAGAGAUCCCGUCUCUGCGUGGAACUGCGUAGAAUACCGCCUGCAGUUGCGGCUGUUAAUGCGCGACGAAGGGAAUGGAAAGAGAUGGAAACCAAUUUUAUUCCAUUGUAUUUGUAUAUCGUAUGCGAAAAUCUAAUAUGUAAACGCCGAGAGAUGUUUCAGAACUGAUUUUGCGUGUGUUUCAAUCAAUUAAGCGGGGACAGGUUGAAGAACCGCGGACCUCUCUCGACAUUCUCUCUCUUUCUCUCUCUGUCACGACGAAUAAAGAAUUACGUACGUUUAACGAAA